AUGCUGCCAGCCACGUCCAAGCUCUGCGCCGCCAUCUCCUACCGCCACCUGCGCAACAUGACUGGUCUGAGGAGACAAGCUGCCGUGGCCAUCAGCCAGGAGCUGAGCAGGCUGGCCAGCCACAGCCCAGGACCCAGCACCUGGAUCCACCAGGUGCGCAGGAGAAGCUCCUUGCUCAGUUCAAGGCUGGAGGAGAAACCCUUCAGUGAGAUGGAAAUGUCUUACAUCAAGCAAGGAGAGGAGGCCCUGCAGAAAUCCCUCAGAAUCCUGGAGGACCAGGACGACUGGAAGACAGAGACGGUGGCGGGAAACGGGGACAAAGUGCUGAGCAAGGUGCUGCCAGAUGUGGGGAAGGUGUUCCGGCUGGAGGUGGUGGUGGACCAGCCCCUGGACACGGUGUACGUAGAGCUGGUGGACAACAUGGAGCAGAUGGGAGACUGGAACCCCAAUGUCAAAGAAGUCAGGGAUAAAAAAGAGAAGCAAGGCUAA